AUGGAUUUUCUUCUGGGUUUUUGCUUAGUCCUGUCCUUCAUUAUUCUCUACAUGCUAUGGAUAGUGUUAUAUUCAUGCUUGAUUCUGCCCAACCAGGUUUAUCAGAAGAUUAGGAAAAAUGGAUUUGGGGGUCCAAAUCCAAGCUUUCCAUUGGGAAAUCUCAGUGAUAUGAGAAAGAAAAACACCUCUUCUACAGAUUCUUCCUCUUUAAUCUCUUCAGAAAUCUCCCAUGAUAUCCACUCAACCGUCUUUCCCUACUUUGCCAAGUGGCAGAAAUUGCAUGGGAAGGUGUUUAUGUACUGGCUGGGAACGGAGCCGUUUCUUUACAUUGCGGAUCCUGAAUUCUUGAAGGAGAUGUCAACAGGGGUUAUGGGGAAAAGCUGGGGAAAGCCCGCUGUGUUUAAGAAUGACAGGGAACCCAUGUUUGGCAAUGGUUUGGUUAUGGUUGAAGGUGAAGAAUGGGUUCGUCACAGACAUAUCAUCACUCCAGCUUUCUCUCCUGCCAACCUCAAGGCUAUGUCCACCUUAAUGAUCGAGUCCACGACAAAAAUGCUAGACCGAUGGACUGCGAUCAUCCGCUCCGGCAACCCGGAAAUCGACUUUGAGCGAGAGAUCACGCGGACGGCGGGAGAAAUCAUAGCGAAGACGAGCUUCGGCGUGAGCUACGAGAACGGACGAGAAGUGUUUGAUAAACUGGGAGCCAUGCAGCUCACUCUCUUCAAAUCGAACCGCUACGUCGGCGUCCCUUUCAGCAAGUUCAUGUGCCCCAAACAAACCCUAGAAGCCAGAAAACUUGGCAAAGAGAUAGAUUCUCUUCUGCUUUCGAUCAUCAUGGCGAGAAAAAAAUCAAUGGAUACGAGUCCACAGAAGGACUUGCUGGGUCUCUUGCUGGUGGAGAAUCACGCCAAUGGAGGGCUGGGAAAGACUUUGACGACCCGGCAGCUCAUAGACGAGUGCAAGACUUUCUUCUUCGCCGGCCACGAGACGACGGCACUGGCGCUGACGUGGACGCUACUGCUUCUGGCUCUGCACCCGGAGUGGCAGGAACGGCUCCGGCGAGAGAUCCGGGAGGUGAUCGGAGAUGGAGAGGUGGAUGCCACCAUGCUUGCUGGCCUAAAGAAGAUGGGGUGGGUGAUGAACGAAGUUCUCCGGCUAUACCCGCCGGCGCCGAACGUGCACCGGAAGGCCACAGAGGACAUCAGAGUGGACGGCGUGGUUGUCCCCAACGGAACCAACAUGUGGAUCGACGUCGUAUCCAUGCACCACGACGCCGCCCUGUGGGGCUCCGACGUCAACGACUUCCGGCCGGAGAGGUUCAGCGACGACCACCUCUACGGAGGCUGCCACCACAAGAUGGGGUUUCUGCCAUUUGGGUUCGGUGGAAGAAUGUGCAUCGGGAGGAACCUGAUGAUGAUGGAGUACAAGAUCGUGCUAACCCUAAUGCUGAGGUGUUUUUCGUUUUCGGUGGCCGCCAGCUACCGCCACUUCCCGUCGCACUUGCUGUCCCUCCGGCCGGCGUACGGGCUGCCCCUCGUAGUUCGGCCUCUUGAAGAUUGACAGUUGACUGUAUCGAUUUACGACCAA